GCGGCGGCCGGGCCGGGCCAUGGGGAAGGAGCAGGAGCUGCUGGAGGCCGCCCGCACCGGGAACCUGCCCGCCGUGGAGAAGCUGCUAUCGGGGAAACGCCUCAGCUCCGGUUUCGGGGGCUCCGGGGGGGGAGGAGGAGCAGGAGGCGGCGGCGGCUCCGGGGGGGGCGGCGGCGGCGGCGGCGGUGGGGGGCACCCGCUGUCCAGCCUCCUCAGCAUCUGGAGAGGGCCAAAUGUGAACUGCGUUGACAGUACUGGAUACACUCCACUGCACCAUGCUGCUUUGAAUGGUCAUAAGGAUGUGGUGGAAGUUCUGCUGAGGAACGAUGCACUGACCAACGUAGCAGACUGUAAAGGCUGUUACCCUCUUCACCUGGCAGCUUGGAAAGGAGAUGCAGACAUUGUGAAGCUCCUCAUCCAUCAGGGACCUUCACACACUAAAGUGAAUGAGCAGAAUGCUCUUGAGAUCAAAGAACUCAAAAAGUACGGCCCCUUUGACCCAUAUAUCAAUGCCAAGAACAACGACAACGAGACGGCGCUGCACUGCGCGGCUCAGUACGGCCACACCGAGGUGGUGAAGGUGCUCCUGGAGGAACUCACCGACCCCACCAUGAGGAACAACAAGUUUGAGACUCCCCUGGACCUGGCUGCUCUUUAUGGGAGGCUUGAAGUAGUGAAGAUGCUCUUGAAUGCUCACCCCAAUCUUUUAAGCUGCAACACUAAGAAACACACUCCCCUGCACUUGGCAGCCAGGAACGGUCACAAGACUGUAGUCCACGUCCUCCUGGAUGCUGGCAUGGACAGCAACUAUCAGACUGAAAAAGGCAGUGCUUUGCACGAAGCUGCUUUGUUUGGCAAGACAGAUGUGGUACAAAUAUUGCUGGCUGCAGGUAUUGAUGUGAACAUAAAGGAUAACAGAGGCCUGACAGCUCUGGAUAUUGUGAAGGAACUUCCUUCUCAGAAAAGCCAACACAUAGCAGCUCUAAUUGAAGAUUACACAGUUGGGAAGAAAAGUGCCAAAGCUGCAGAGAAACCUGUUCAAGCACCACUGCUUCCAGCCCUGGAUCCUGUGGGCCAGAUAUCUCAGGGUGAUGUGGAGAAAGCAGUGACAGAACUGAUCAUAGAUCUGGAUGUGAACCCAGAAGAGGAGAGCCCCUAUGAGGCUUUAUACAAUGCAACAUCCUGCCACUCCCUGGACAGCCUUGCCAGUGGGAGAUCUUCAGAUCGAGAGUCUGUGAAUAAGGAGGCAGAACCAACUGGUCUCAAAGCAGCAGGAGUCAGGCCUAGAGAACGUCCACCCCCACCUGCCAAGCCACCCCCUGAUGAAGAGGAGGAGCAGCACGUGGAGAAGCCAGGCCAUGGUGCUUCCUGUGAGGUCUCUGUCCCGAGAGGAAGGAGCAGGGGAAGUGGAGCUGAGGAAGAGGAACACCCCUACGAGCUGUUGCUCACAGCUGAAACUAAAAAGCCACUUGCAGUGGAUAGGAAAACAAAAGAGCGCAGGAGGAGCAGUGGCAGCCGCAGCCAGGACUCUGCCGACGGCCAGGACGUGCAGGUUCCAGAGCAGUUUUCAGGCUUGCUCCACGGCUCUUCCCCGAUCUGUGACAUAAGCGAGGACCCUUUCAGACUCGUUUCCUCCACGGAGAAAGGAGGCACAGAAACUACAAGCCACCCACCUGCUAUGCAGCUGGAGGAUGCUGAUUCACCUGCCUCUGGAUCAGUAGGGACCAGCUCUCCGGACCAGAGCCAGCAGGCGCUGUACGCCACCGUCCAGCACCGGGCGGGUCCUGCCGCUCUAGUCACGCCCCACGGGCUGCAGCACCCUGCUGGUGCUGAGGAAGAGGGGGACAGAGCUGUGGGCAGAGCCCACCCAGGGAGCAAACCCAAAGCUGAGCUCAAACUCAGCCGCAGCUUGUCCAAGUCGGACUCGGAUCUCCUGACGUGCUCCCCGACGGAGGACGAUGCCAUGGGGAGCCGGAGCGAAUCGCUCUCCAACUGCAGCACGGGCAAGAAGAGGCUGGAGAAGUCGCCAUCCUUUGCUUCAGAGUGGGAUGAGAUUGAGAAAAUCAUGAGUUCCAUUGGUGAAGGCAUUGACUUUUCUCAGGAGCAGCACAGGAUCUCAGGUUCGCGGGCGCUGGAGCAGAGCGUGGGCGAGUGGCUGGAGGCGCUGGGUCUGCAGCAGUACGAGAGCAAGCUGCUCCUCAACGGCUUCGACGACGUGCGCUUCAUGGGCUGCAAUGUCAUGGAAGACCAGGACCUGCGGGACAUCGGCAUCGGGGACCCGCAGCACCGGCGCAAGCUGCUGCAGGCGGCUCGCUCCCUGCCCAAGUUGAAGCCCCUGGGCUGUGAUGGGAACAGCCAGCCCUCAGUCCCUGCAUGGCUUGACUCCUUGGGGCUGCAGGAUUACAUUCAGUCCUUCCUCUCGAGUGGCUACAGCUCGAUUGACACUGUGAAAAACCUCUGGGAGCUGGAAAUAGUCAAUGUGCUGAAGGUGAACCUGCUGGGCCAUCGCAAGCGCAUCAUCGCCUCGCUGGCAGACAGACCCUACGAGGAGCCACCCGCCAAGCCCCCGAGGUUCUCACAGCUCAGAUGCCAGGACCUGAUGUCCCAGACAUCAUCACCACUGAGCCAGAACGACUCCUGCACGGGCAGGUCUGCUGAUCUCCUGCUGCCCCCUGGGGACACCGGCAAGAGGCAACACGAGCGUGGCACUGAGGCUGCUCCUUACGGCAGAGCCGAGCGCUACAAAGCACAGGACGACCGUCGGGAGGCAAAGCUGACCCUGCGCCCCCCCAGCCUGGCUGCCCCGUAUGCCCCAGUCCAGAACUGGCAGCACCAGCCAGAGAAGCUCAUCUUUGAGUCCUGUGGGUAUGAGGCCAAUUACCUGGGCUCCAUGUUGAUCAAAGACCUCAGAGGGACGGAGUCGACGCAGGACGCCUGUGCCAAGAUGAGGAAAUCCACAGAGCACAUGAAGAAGAUCCCAACCAUCAUCCUGUCCAUCACGUACAAGGGGGUGAAGUUCAUCGAUGCCUCUAACAAGAACGUCAUUGCCGAGCACGAGAUCCGCAACAUCUCCUGCGCUGCUCAGGACCCCGAGGAUCUCUGCACCUUUGCCUACAUCACCAAGGACCUGCAGACCAGCCACCACUACUGCCAUGUCUUCAGCACUGUGGAUGUGAACCUGACGUACGAGAUCAUCCUGACGCUGGGGCAGGCGUUCGAGGUCGCCUACCAGCUGGCCCUGCAAGCCCAGAGAGCAAAACCUCUGGGUGCUGGGCCAGGAGAGACCAUUGAAACGAAAUCUUCCAAACCGGUGCCUAAACCCCGAGGCGGCGGGAGGAAACCUGCACUGGAGCCCCCUGAUGUGGACCAAGACUCCCAGUCUCAUGCCAGUGUCUCCUGGGUCGUGGACCCCAAACAGGACUCGAAGCGGACCCUCAGCACUAAGUAUGAGACCACUAUCUUCUAAAGCAACCCCCCGUGUCCGCCCAGUCUAACCGUGCCUUUGCCAUCUGAUCUCUCUGCUCUCCUAAGCUCCCUGUCCCUGCAGCUGCUGGUGCCCAGGCACCAGGCACAGGCAGCAGCACUUAGCAGACUGUACCUGAUCACUACUGAACACUGUGAAUGCUCCUGGCUCGGCAGAAGGGGAAGGAGCUGCUUAGAGCCGUGUGAGGCGGGAGGUGCAGAGGGCUGGGAGCUGUGGAUCCAGGAAGCCGCCUGCGUUUCCCCAUCUUUCCCCCUGGCUCUGGCACUGUGAAUCCCUGGGGCAACAGGACACUCCCCAGGCCUUUUGGGGUUGGUUUUUCUAUUCCACUCUCUUUCCCCCUCGGACUGAUGGAGGCCUCUUUGUCUCCGUGGUGCACACGCUCCCUGCUCCCAGAUUUCCUUCUUCCUCUUGGAGUGAACUCGCCCCUCACUUCCCGGCCAUCCGAGUCGCCACUAACCACUGUGAUGCUGCCUGCAAAUAACACACCUUUGCUACGGUUCCUGCCAGGAACCCCUUGCCCACAAACCCUCCCCUCGCAGCUGGGAGCGUUGCUUGGGGCUGGGAGCGGUUGCUGGGCACUGAGAGCUCUGUCCCCUCUCAGCUGAGGUGUGCUUUGCCUUGCAUGCAUUUUAGUCCCUUGUAGGGCUUUUGUUUUUCCCCCCACACCCCAUAGUCUUUCUGUUUACACUCACCAGACUCGUGAGCUAAGGGCACUUGUGCCCACUGGGCAGUUUGUGAAGAGGUUAAGCUUUUAAAGGCACAUGUUGUUAGAGCCCUGUUUGGGAAGGAAAAGUGUCUGAGAGGGGCUGGAUGCUGCGCUGUUGGAGGCCUGAGAGAGCAGCCAGAGCUCUCCUGUGCUCAGCACACUCACUGCACUUGUACUGGGGGUGUUUUGCUGGAGGGAGAAACGUGAUGGAAAUCACUUUGCUGCUGAUCCUAAAGCUUGUCUACAAACCAUGGACCUACCAACCGUUGCAUGAUGAGUGCUGUAGGGAUCCUGAGCCAUCUGUAGCCCUCCACCCUGGAGAGUGAAGACUUCACUGAGAGAUGGCCCUGUGUCAGUGGGCACCUCUGCCUUGUCUGUGUCUCAAGUGCACGUGUUUUUCCUCUGGGGAAGCAUCCUCACCUGUGUGUAUCUCACUAGAAGCAGCUUUUCAUUCCAGAAUAUGUCUGGGAAUCAUUGCAUGAGGCUGCAGGGCACUUGGCACAGGGCUGCAAAUGCCAUAUGGUGGCUCACAAGCCCGUGAAGCCCCUCAGAGCCAUCCGUGGCCCUACCCCUGCUUCCUUCUCUUGCCUUUGCAAAGCUGACUGAGACAAGCAGAGGAUGUGGAGUGUGAUCUGAUGAGCACCAGCCCCAGCAGGCACAUCCUGCCCCAGAGCUGCUCCUCCCUGACUUGUGUGUCCAAGAGACUUGGCCUCUCUUUUUACCUCAGCUUCCCCAUAUGGGAUGGGGAUGUAUGUACCUACCUCUCAGGCUGGGAGCUUCUCUCUCUUUGCAGAGCAGUUUCAAGAGCCUUUAGCAAAAGGCACUGCCACUUCCCCCAGCCCUGAGGCUCAGACUCCUGCAAGUCCUUCACUCACAAAGAGCGUGGUGGCCCCUGACCUGCUCCUGGCAGGGGCUGUGGCCCUUCUCCUGGGGAGGGUGCUGAGCAGCUGGGGCAGAGGGGCUGCAGCCCUGUGCUGUUGGGCUGCAGGGAGCUCCCUGAUGUGCACCUCGGUGUGGCUGAGCUCAGGGUGGGUUUGGCAUCUCAGCAGAAUCCCCUGGAGAGGUGGUGUCUGUGGGACCUGCAGAGAAGGGGGAGGGCAGGAACCACUCGCCUCUGCACGGCCUGUGUGGGUGGGAUCUCAGAGACAGCCGGGGGAGAGGCUCAACUGGGAUCUCCAGGAAAGCUCCAUUUCCAGAACAGCUUCUAGAACUUACCCAAACCUCCCUUCAGGAUCAGCAGGGAGGGGGCAGGGCAGCAGCCCAGGGUUAUUUACUCCUGGUGUUUAGGGUCCAGAGGCAGCUUGUCUGAGUUCUGCUGGGGCUGUUGCCUCCAAGUUUGGUCUCCCCAGACUUGAGGUGAGAUCUGACCUUUCAGAAUCCUUAUUUAGGUCUUUCUCAGGCUGAUCUCCCAAGUCAUUGGUGACUUCAGGGCACUGUGUGAUAACCUGACUUCAAAAUAAGGGCCAGGCUGGUGAGAACCCAGGUGAGAGGACUAAAAGGAUUGUCUUGAAGUGAAAAAAGGGAAAGCUCAGUUUAGUAGAAGUUCUGCAUUUGCCAUGGAGCCACCAACAACUCUGCCUGGACAGCCCUGAAGCAGAGGUCACAGGGCAGUUCCCCAAGUGCUGCUGUGCCAUCCUGCAGCCCUUGCUGAGUCCAAGGUGUCCCAGGAGGUUGGGUUUGGGUUUCCUCAGCGCCUCUCCAAGCUGUAAGAACACCCUGAGGGUUUCUCUACCCUUCAAAGAGAAGCCGAGUGAGCAGCAGCAGUGGUAGUGCAGUUUCCACUCGCAAGCGUUUCCCAUCAGCUUGCCCACACGUCCACCUGACUUCAGAGGCUCUGAGCUCUUGCAUCUCCCCCUGCUUUCAGCUGGGAAGGGCAGGUUCCUGACUCAGCACCUCCUAAAACCCGGGUUGCUAGAGCAUGUGCCUUUCUAAGAGUGACCAUCCAAACCCAGGGGCACCCAGGCAGCGCUGCCUAAGCUCCGGAGCUUCCGCCGUGUGUGUCCGUAACACUCGUGUCUCAUCUCCUUGGCCACGUGCCCUCAUCUUUCCCAGCAGUUGCUUUUGUAUGACUCAGAAAUCAUUCAUUCCAUUAUCUCCCUUUCUGUUUGCCUCUGAAAAGCUGAUCUCCAGGCAGCUGUCUCCUACCACGGAAAUGUAAUAACGGGGCAGAGACCUAAGAAGCGGUGGCCCGCUGACACGAAGAUCAUCUCCAUCUGGCACUGGUGCCUGCCUCGGAGUGGGUGCAUGGGGCUGCUCAGUGAGGGCUCCCAAAGCAGAGAGGGGGGAAGGGAUCCCAUCCAGCAGCUGAGAAAAGCAGCUCUCUGUGUUUCUAGCAGAGGAGAGUUGAGACUCGAGGCCGAGAGCGCUGGCAGCUUUUUCUAGUCUGAGACAAACGCCUUUCGGCUCAUUCCAGUUGGUUCUUAACGUGUGAAAUGAUACAGAGCAAACCCAGCUCACAGCUGAAAUGUAGCACUGCAGGGGGUUUUAUUUGGUGAGGCAAAGAAACAAUAAUACCAACCCUUCCUUAGCCUGAGAAUCCACAGUCCAAGGAGUACAGUCCAAAGGCUUAGCAGUGGGAGCAUCUCUGACGGUACUUAACGCGGCCUCAGUGCCGGGGGAACAGAGAAGGCCAAACGUCUUGGCAGUGCCUUCCUGCAGUGGGACAAGCCUUGCAGGGGGUGUCUGCAGCCUCUGCUUCCCAGGCUGUGGCCACACUUUUAUAGCAAAUGGAAACAAGGCAAAACAAGAGUCUGCAGAGGAUCUUGCACCCCAGAGUGGCUGUGGCUGAGCGUUACCCACGGUACAGAGCUCGUUUCCCCUACACAGAACUGUUGCAAUACUUGACAUUUCCAUGGCAAGGACACAACUCUUCCCAUUGAACCCCUGGAGACAAGCCCCUUCUCCAGCCUCUCCUGCACCCCUCUUGCUUUCACACACAGUUACAGGGUUGGUUGGGCUUUGGUUGCUUGGGCUUGGGGUUUUUUUUAAGUCUAUUCAAUUGUGAUUUAGCACUUUUUUUUUUUAUAUACUAGCUCAUUAUUUAAUUAGUGCAGCAGCUUCAGAAGAUGAACAAACAAAGAGUUCAAACCUGGGCAUUACACUGAAACAGUCCCUACCCCACACAGACGGGUCUCGGCCCAAGGAUGGCUCAGCCCCUGCCUAAGCCUGGUGUCCCCACAUCCUGAAGGUGCUGUGUGAUUGCUUUUCUGCUCAAUUACCAGAGCAUUUACCAGUAGUUGUUUUGGCUGUGACUGAUGUGUUUUCACAGUACUGUUCCCCCCCCAACACCUCAAGGGAGAGACGUCAAAGCGCUUGCGGUGUCUCCUCCAGCCGCAGGCGUGUGAUGGCAACAGGCACCGUGGUGGCCGGGGACAGGCACUGUGGUGGCUGGGGAUGUGGCACCCUGCUGCUUCAACUCCUGUUUCACUCUGGUUGCUGCUGCUCUACAUCAGGGUUUGCUUUGGUCUCUCUGGCCUGGAAGGCUGGGAGCAAAGUGAACCCUAAUCCCAGGGGCGUGAAUGCUGAGGAGGGGGAAGUGGAGACAUUGGGGUCAGUUUCUUUUUGAAGUGGAUGAAUUUAGGAAAACCUGAAACAUUCCUUGUUCUGCAUCUGUUGCAAUUCAUACUGGUGUCAGUGUAAAUAUUUGGUGUGUUGGCAACAAGUCUUUUUGGAGAGAUUGCAAAUUGAAGCUGUGCGUGGGAGGAGGGAAGCCUUUCCUGUGGGAAGGUUGGCUUGGAGGCAACAUGGUGAUGAAGACUCCAGUCUUCAAGGGACUGGGUUUGGUGACCCUGGAGGUCCUUCCCAGUCCUGCAUGUAGUCCUGUGGUUGUCUUUAGUGAUCCAGGAGUUCUUUAGCCAGAUACUCUCUUUCUCACUUAGACAAAGCAGUUGUUUUGGCAGUGCAUCUCUGCUUCCAUUUCCAUGGGUUUCCUCAAGGUACUCGCCUGCUGGAGACUGACCCUGACUCCCUGUUAACCCCAUCCCUUGUGCAGUAUUCCAGCUCUUCCCCUCUACAGGAUUUUGUGAUACCUGGAGGAAAGUGCCCUAAAUUUCUGGUGCUGUGACUUGGCAUCAAAACACAUCUGCUGGGUUACCUGCCUGGGAGGAGGUGGUGCUGCCCUGAGCCUUGUUCCCCUUCUGAAGGACAAGGUCGUGUUAUGCAGACCUCAGUUUGUGCAUGGCACACGUCCAGGCUGACAACUCAGGACAGUUCAACUGAGAUGCAGAGUCACUAUCUCCUUUUUAAGUAGGAGGGGAUGAUGUUUGGUUUCCAGCUGAAGCUGCUCUGUCCCUUUGCAUUUUGUAUUUAGGGGGGAAAAAAGCAAAAAAAAACCCCCACCCAAGCUGUAAUGUUGCUGUUCAGCCCUUUGAACUUGCUUUGGGAUUGUUCUUUGGAGAAGAAAUUAUGCAACUUUUGUGGGGUACUUGGCUGUCCCCCUCCCAGGGAGGAGAUCCAGCCCCUUCCAGGAUGUACCUCUAGUGAAGCCUGUACCUUCAGGAGGCUGCUGAGACACAGACCACGUGUGUGUCGUCACUCUGUGUGCAGAUGGAGUCAGUUGCUUUACUGCUCCUCCUGUCCCACGUCAGCAGUUCCCAGCAGCAGAAUUUCCCCUGGCUUGCUUCUGCUCCCAUCAUGUCCAUGCCAUCAGGACCUUCCUCUCAGCCCACACAUGCUGUUUGCAACGCUCUCUGGUUGCAAAAGCUCUUCCCCUGUUUGGUCUCAUGUUGCUUUGCUGCUUAUGUUUUUUUUCCUCCCAGAAGAAAGGAACUGUGCUGCUCUUGCAAAGUCAAUCUAGCUCAAACAUUUUCCUUACCCAUGGAAGAACAACCUGAGAUUCCCUGACAGGGCAGAGAACAGUCAAGCUCAGUUUGCAAUGUGGCCACUUUUGCUAAUUGUGAUGUGUGGCAGUGGGACUGAUUUGUAAUACAAAUGUUAUUUAAUCUGUCUGUAUUUUGAUACUUGAAUUUCCUUUUAUUUCCUGUAUAUACAAUUGUUAAUCUGUUCAGAUUUGUCUGACUUUUGGACAUGUUGUGGUACCAAACGUAACCAAUCUGUGCAACAACAUCGACUGACCUCACACAACAAGGCGAGACUGUAAAUAUUCCUGGGCUUCCAGCAGUCGUUUUGUUGGUUUCAUAAUUGUACAACUUAGAACAGGCUGAAUUAAUAAACAAACUUAGACACA